AUGCCAAAAAUUUUAGACAUAAUACUACCGUUGAAUGAAUCGAGACCACUGCCUCCAAUACUCGUGACCGACUAUAAAAUUAUUAAUGCGGAUGAACAUUAUUUUUUAACUUUUUUGCACGGUAACAUUGGUUGUUUUUGGUUAAUGAUGAUUCUAGUAAAUACUGAUACCAUGUUUAUUAUUUGUACACAACAUGCCUGCGCUAUCCUAGCAGCAAUGGGAUCAAAAUUGACAAAUCUUGAGAUUAAUCAAAAUUGUCCAGAACGAGACAAACAUUUGAAAAAAGAUAUUGAUUCUGUCAUAAUUUUUUGUGCUAAACAACACGAAGAAUUAAUUUUAAAUGAUGAUGAUUCCUGUAGUAAAGUGGCAGAAAUUGAAGACGAUGAUUCCUCUGAUGAAGAUGACACUAACCAGAAUACUGAGGAUGAAAGUGAUAUGUAG